AACGUUGAAUGGGAAAAUUGGCCGAAGCUAAAACUGUUAAUUCACUCCUUAAAUGACAACGCCAGGACGAGGGGGUCCUCUUCACGGUCACUCUGUUAUCCGGACAACCUCACAGAGGAAAACAUAGAUAGCUGCUGCAUGGAAGCCAAGAAGCAAAACACAAACCCCCAGGUUUUUAUGGGUGCAGGUGACCUGAUGGCCAUAGAGGCUCUAAUGUCCCUGACUAAGCAUCAGAAGACAAGGAACUUGAGGCUAAGACCCCCGAGUCCCUCUUCAGACUGCUCAGACGAUGAAUUAGUCCCCUCAGGUUCUCCUGCCCUGUUGGGCUCGUCUUUUUGCAUGACACCACCAUACAGUCCACCUCACUUUGAAGCCACCAACCCAUCCACAGCGGUCAAACAGCAACACUCCGUGGGGAACAUUCCCGAGCACCCCGUUGUUUCUCAGAAGUUCCAGUGCACCAGUGUGAUCCGCCACACUGCAGAUUGCCUGCGUGGUCCCUGCCAGGCUCAACAGCCCUCCAACGAAGAGGGACUCUGUACAGAACAUGAUAUAACAGUCCAGAACUCUUACGAUGGGCCGAAUACCAGACUAUCCAGGGAAAAGAUUGCAACACUCCAGACUUUUCCUGAUAAAUGCCCUAAUUUCCAAGAAAGAGCUGGUCAGACUCAGACGAGUCGGUUAAAUCCAGAUGAUAAUUCAAACAAACAACUUGCGUGCAGCCGGAUUGCGCCUGUCAAUUCACCGUCACUCACUGUUAAGAGCCCCUUCACAAGCUCUGAAAGCCAGCAGCAGCACCGGCUGUCAAGCACCAUCACACAAGUGCCUCUAAAUCAAGAAUCCAAAGCGCCACAGCCAGCUUUACCCGCACAGGUCUUCUUUGUGGGGGGCCGGGUGGCUGAAGGGCCCGUAAUGCUGCUGGUCCCUCAGGCCUCCGCUCCCGGCGUCUACAUCCAGCAAACGCUGGCGACCCCUGGUGGCAACAAGUUUGUGGCCAUCGCGCCCGCCCCCGCUCGGACCCCGUCGGAGCAAAGGAGCGGCCCGCUCCAAGCCGAAAUAUCACGGGUACGCAGCCAUGUCUGUCCCCACGAGGAUUGUGGGAAGACCUACUUCAAGAGCUCCCAUCUCAAGGCCCACAUGAGGACACAUACAGGUGAGAAGCCUUUUAAAUGCAAGUGGGAAGGCUGCGAGAGGCGAUUCGCCCGCUCGGAUGAACUCUCACGGCACCGCCGGACCCACACGGGCGAGAAGAGGUUCGCCUGUCCCAUCUGUCUCAGCCGCUUCAUGCGCAGCGACCACCUGGCCAAACACACCCGCCGGCACCUAGCAGCGAGGACAGCGCCCUACUGGACGCUCGGGAUCACCCAGCCCGCGGGUUUCGGCACCAUCAAAAUGUCUUCCUCAAACUCCGUGAGAUCGGAGACGAACAAACACACGGGGAUCCACAACGGAUCCAGUUUUAACCUGUCAGAGGGCAGCUAGCAGAAAGCUGUAGUUUAUAUUUGACCAAAUAAAGUUUAGUUAUAAACCUUUUUUUUUUCUCUUUUGAAACGUUUUGCACAAAUAUGAGAUCAAAAGUUCAAUUGCACAUGUUUGUACAUUACUAUGUUUAUAAUAAAAAAGUGAUUCAGUCAAGUCAGUUAGGU